AUGGCUGGGAUUUGUAUGCUUGAAACUAUAUUUUUAUAUAGCGCUAUAUUUUUAGCAGAAGAGUGGAAUAUAAUUCAUUCUUAUAAAUGUACAUAUGUACGUGCGGAUGUGGAGUUGAAGCAAAAUAUUAAGCACAACCUCAGGUGCCAGAUGCGGCCCCUGAAUCCAAUUUUUCAGCCCAGUGUGUCAUCUACAUGGGAUCAAAAUACACAAGAACGAAGAUGUGGCAAGUCUCCUACUGUAUUUCAGAUAUUGCUUUGGCAGGGUGGACUUCACACGUGUGCACGCUUGACAAUGGUGAUCUGUAGGCACACCCUUUGUGAGUGUGGUGUGUCUAUAGUUCACAGCCAUGCGCCAUAUGGAAUGUUGCUUUUAUCUGCAUAUGCAAAGAAGGUAUUGGAGAAGCAUUCAGACAACCCAGCGAUGGGUGCACUAUAA